AUGGACCAACAAGCUCAACGAGGCCGGUCGCCUUCGGCUGGCCAUCAACAGCCUCAUAUAAACCAUUCUCAUUCCCCUUCGCCGGCGCCCUAUCAGCAUAACGAUCCAUCUGUUGGUCUUGGUCUCACUCUCGACCAGUCCGCUCAACAAUCUUACGAGGCCUUCAACAGUUCAGGUUUUCUUAGCCCUCAGCAAUCGCCUUCUUUCCUUCCUCCCGCGCAUCAACUGAGCAACUCCUUCGCUCAAGCCAAUUUGUCCGACCCCGCUAUUCUCGAUCCCAAUAACAGCACCUCAUUCGGACAACAGCCUGCCACCUCCGACACUUCGCUACCCUUCAAUAGCCAGGCUCAGGCAGCUUACCUGUCGCCGAACCUCAACGAUAACGACUUCUCUCUCUUUCCGAAUACUAGUGGUCAGGGCGACCAGUUCAGCGCCCCCUUGUUUGACCAGUCUACACUCAAUCCUAACGACAUGAAUACCAUGGCGUCGCAAGGGCAUCACUCGCCCACCCCUCCUCAUCUAUUCCAGCACGAUGCUCAACAACCUGGUUCUGCUCACCAGUCGCCCGCUUUUAACCAGCACCAGUUCUCUUCACCACCUAGCCAUUCGCGACAUACUUCACUCGGCCCAGCAGAUGCUUUGCUCCCAAACCAGAUAGCUGAUUGGAACCAGCCUCAAUUCCAGCGCCACCGUCGCACGCCCUCCGAGUACUCAGACGUUUCGUCCGUGGCUCCAUCACCGAACCUUGUUAGUGCCGAGUCCUUUGAGACUGAUGUCGGUGGGCACUCGCCUGCACACCACCCUUCUGAUGGCAGUCUAUAUCAAGAGGUUUUGAGUAUGGGUAACUUUAGUCUCUCCGACCCUCAAGUCGGUGGUAGUCCUGGACACCAGGGUCGUAGUCCUUCCCAUAGUCCCGCAAUCAGCCCCCGCAUUGUUCCUCAGCAGAUGCCGGACCUGAACCAGCUGAAUCAAAACAGUUUUGGUUUGGCAGGUCCUCACAAUCCAUAUGGAGUUCCCUCUACCUAUCCUGACGUUUCAGCGCCCAUCGAGGCCUUCCCUUCCCUCCAGCCUUCGGGCGCUGAUUUGUCGUCGAUGGCACCUCCUGCGAUCAACAUUGACUUUGCGCCUACAAAUGCUAAACAAGGUGCUUUUGAUACUCCCAAAUCUCGUAUGGAUCAGGAUUCGUUGACCCCGCCAGACAGAGGUCGCCCCCGAUCCCGUCCACGUGCAGUGACAGAUCCUUUCCAUCCUGGUGGCGGUCUGCUAGGUCGCCAAGGCAAUGCCAACAUCAUCUCGCCCUCCCUAGGCGCCGACUUAGCAGCAAGAGCAGACUCCAGAUCUUUAUCUCCCCUGGACAGGCAAGCAGGGACUUCACCUUCCAGGAGAAGACAGUCCACAUCGGCUGUCCCCAACAACGUUAUCGCUCUCAGACUGGCCGAUCCUGAGUACCAGAACAACCAGGACAGCGGGGCUGCCAAGCGGGUUCAGAAACACCCUGCCACUUUCCAGUGCACAUUGUGUCCCAAACGAUUUACGCGUGCGUAUAACUUGCGUUCACAUCUGAGAACGCACACAGAUGAGCGUCCUUUUGUGUGUACAGUAUGCGGCAAGGCUUUUGCUAGACAACACGACCGCAAACGACACGAGAGUCUUCACUCCGGAGAAAAGAAGUUUGUAUGUAAAGGCGAUCUCAAGGUUGGAGGUCAAUGGGGAUGUGGUAGAAGAUUUGCCCGUGCCGAUGCUCUAGGCCGUCAUUUCAGGUCCGAAGCUGGCCGCAUCUGCAUUAAGCCUCUACUAGAUGAAGAAAUGAUGGAACGACAGCGACUCUGGCAACAACAACGGAUGCAGCAGAACAUGGCGCAGAGCAUGGCUGUUGCAUCCAGUAUGCCAAUGGAUGGCCCUAUUUAUCCUAUGGACCCCUCUGGCAACCCAAUGCUUCCAGCGGCUCUCUUGGCCCAGUAUCCUGCAUUAGCUCAGCUGAACUGGUCUACACCUGAUGUGAACGCUGGCAUGGACGACGAGGUUAGUGGCCGUUCAUCGUUUGAUGCCAGCGACUACGACGAAAACGAAGACGGUGGGUAUGUGAGUGGCCCUGGCACAGGGUUUGGUGAGGGUGGGAUGGGUCAAGGCUUUGGUGAAAUGGGAUAUGCGAGCGACUUCGGGGGCCGGUAA